GCAAUGAAUUUGCGCAUCUAUGGAAAGAGUGAAUAAGUGUUGAAAUUUUUGGUCGUAUUUUCUGACAUUUAACUACACAAUAUUCAAGAUGACUGGUGGUACGUCCACUGAAAAGUCAACAAGUAAUCCUUUGGAACAGUUCGUGCUGCUUGCCAAGACAGCUAAAGGUGCAGCGGCCUUAGAAUUAAUACGUCAAGCUGUAGAAACACCGGGAGUUCAUGUGUUCGGUGAAUUAUUGGAUAUGCCAAAUAUUAAGGAAUUGGAGAGCGGUCCAUAUGUUCAAUACUGGAAUACAUUGAAUUUAUUUGCAUAUGGUACAUAUAAGCAAUAUUUAGAAAAUAAGGAUAAAGUCCUGGAAUUGACUCCAACACAAAAGAAGAAGCUUCAGCAUCUUACAAUUGUGACUCUUGCGACUAAGUCUAAAUGCAUACCUUAUUCGAUCUUGCUCGAAGAACUUGAUAUAAAAAAUGUCAGGGAUUUAGAGGAUCUGAUAAUAGAAGCUAUUUAUGCGGACAUAAUACAUGGUAAAUUAGACCAAAAGAAUUCUCAGUUGGAAGUAGAUUAUGCUGGUUUAGGACGUGAUGUUAGACCCGGUGAUACAGGAGUAGUUGCGGAAACUUUAUCUGCUUGGGGACAAGCUUGCGAUGCUGUUUUAGCCUGUAUAGAAGAACAAGUAACUCAUGCCAAUGUAGAAAAACAAAAAGCCACUUUUCACAAAGAAAGAAUACAACGGGAUAUUACCAAUAUAAAGAAGUCUCUUGCUGCACAAGCCGGUGGUGGUGGAGUGCAAGAAGCUGACGUAGCUGGAGGCAAUUCUAGUGCGGGUGGAAGCGAAUCUGGUAGAGAAGCCUUACCGGAUCUAAAGAAAAAGCAACAGAAAGUGAAAGGUAUCAGAGGCAGCGGACCUACAGGGGCAUUUUCAGGAUCUACAGGAGCAUUUUCAGGAUCUACAGGAGCAUUUUCAGGAUCUUCAACAGCAUUUUCAGGAUCAUCUACUUCGCGAACUGAGGUUGAUCGGUCGACGUCGAAGAAAUUGGGGUGAUCCCAGAACAAAUUAGGGUGAUCAAAUUAGAGGAAAAAAUAUAUGUACGGGGAAUUUUCUUCGUCUGUUUAUCUCUACUUCGCUAAAAAGCUACUUUCUGCUCUCUAUAAUGUAUAAACUUUGUCCUUUUAACAAAUGAAUUUCAUAUUUAAAGCGUUUCAUAUACAUAUACACACACAUCUAUA